AUGAAUGAUGAAUUAACAACACAAGCAACAUCAACUCCUAUUGUUCUAAAAAUAAAAACUUACGAUGAUAUUAUUCUUCCUCAUACAUCUCGUUUAUCAACAGAUACAUUAAAUGAUACUUCUCAAUCAUCAUUUAUUUCAAUUAAUGAAACGUCUAAUAUUACAACAGUAUCACCUUCAAUACUUCGUGUUAAAUUAAAAAAACCAUUUAUCGAUAAUAAUGAUGAUGAUGAUGAAUAUAUAACUUCAAAUUCAUCUGAUAUAUCAUCUCGUCCAAUAAAACGUAGUAAAAAAUCUUUAACAAAUGAUAAUCUUAUUAAUAAUAUUUCUGAAUUAAAUAAUGAUCAACAAUCUAGUCAACAAGAUAUGAAUGAAAUAAAACAAAAUCAUUGUGUUAUACAUGAACAAUCAUCGAAUCCUUCAUUAAUUCUUAAAAUUCGUCGAGAUAGUUUAUCAUCAACUAUAGCAAAUCGAAAUACAAUUGAAACUGAAACAAAUCAACAAUUAGUAGUUAAAUUUAAACAAAAUGAAUAUGGUGAAUUAACAACAAGUACAAACUCAAAUAAUAUUUCAUCGAAUUUAAUAAAUAAUAAUAAUAAUAAUGAAUAUACAAAUGGUUAUAAUAAUGCAUUACAUGAACCAUUAAAUAUUCCAAUAAAACAAGAAAAUAAAUCUCCAAUUCAACCACAUAUUACUAAUAUGUUAUCAAAUUUAAAUGAUGAUAAACAAUGGGAUAAUCAUCAAAUAAAUAACAAUCAUAUUUCUCAACAAGCAACGACAACAAGUCAUACAAAAGAACUUUUAGAUGAAGCAUUAGAUAGUGUAAGAAGUGUUUUAAUGCAAACAUUUAAGAAAAAUUUAGAAUCAGGUGGUGAUCUCAAUGCUUUAAAAAGUACUUUAGGUUCGGAUGAAGUAGCUGAAGUAUUUCUAUCAAAAUUAAGAGAAUCACUCAAACGUGAAACAAUAUCAACAAUAGAGAAUGAACAAAAAUCACAAGAACAUCAAAAUACAAAUAUAGAAAUACGUUCUUGUCAAACAACUUCUUUAUCAACUCCUUUAAAUACAAUUAUUUCACCCAUAAUGAAUGUUGUUUCACCUUCUCCAUCAUCACCUCUUCCAUCAAUAUCAACAAUAAUUACAAAAAAUACUUCACCAUCAACAUCUAUACCUUCUUCACCUCAAACACCAACAAUAAUUAAUAAUAAACGUAAAUCUUCCAAUCCAACAGCCAAUCCAAAUCGUUUUGAUGGUACAACAGAAGAAGAAUUAUCAAAACGUUUACUUUCAGAUAUUCUUCAACCUAAUCUUGAUAUUGUUUUUGUUGGUAUUAAUCCAAGUCUUUAUGCUGUACAUAAAGGACACCAUUAUGGUGGACCAGGAAAUCAUUUCUGGAAACUACUUCAUAUGUCUGAUUUAAUUCCAAGUGCAUUUACUGCUGAUAAUGAUUUUCGUAUGCCACAAUAUGGAAUUGGUUUUACAAAUAUUGUACAACGACCAUCUAAAGCUGGAUCAGAUAUUACUAAAGAUGAAAUAACUGCUGGAGCUGAAAUAUUAAUGCAAAAAAUUAAAAUGUAUCGACCAAAAAUUGUUGCAUUUAAUGGACGAGGCAUUUAUGAAGUCUAUGCAGGUAAUAAACAUUUUCAUUAUGGUAAACAACCUGAUUUAUUUCCUGAAACAGAUACGCAUGUUUUUGUAAUGCCAUCAUCAAGUGCUCGAUGUUCACAAUUACCACGUGCUGAAGAUAAACUUCCAUUUUAUGUUGGAUUAAGAAAAUUACGUGAUUUUGUAAAUGGUACCUUAUAUUCAUUAAAUGAAGCUGAAAUAACAUUUCCCGAUAUAAAAAUUAAAGAUACAGAUGAUGUUUUACAAAAAACAAUAAUACGAAUAAGUAAUAAACCAUUUUCAGAACUAUCACUUGAAACACUUAAAACAUUUGGUGAUAAAAUUCCAUCUGGACAAAUGACAUCAAAAUAUAACUUAGAUACAGAAACAACUCAAACAAUGUCUAUUUUACAUAAUCAACAAAAUGGAAAUUUACUUAAUUAUGAUCAACAAACAUCAUCGAUAAAUGGAAUUAAUUCAUCAAAAAUGUCAUAUAUAGAAAAUACAUCUUCGAGUACAUCAAUAACUAUGAAUGAUACAGAUCAAGCUGUUCUUGCUGCAUUAGCUAAUGGUGCAUACGGUUCAUCAUCUCAAUCACGACAACCUCAAACGAUUUAUGUUGGUAGACAACAACAGUCGACUUCUUAUUCAGGAUCGUCUAUGAAGAAUACUUCUACAGGUAUUAAUUCUCGUUCAUCAACUCCACCAUCAUCAUCACAUACUAUUCAUCAUUUACCACAAUUAUCUUCUACUGAUCAUCAAACUCAAUCGAUAACUCCAUUAUUAUCAUCGAAUUCUCAGUCUGUUUCUCAUCAAAUAGUUGUUGUUAAUCCUAAAGAACGAUUAUCUUCAAAUAAUCAAAUACUUAAUUCAUCUUCAUUAAAAGAUUUAUUAUCUAGUCAACAACCAAUACAAAAACAAACAUUUAUUAUUCCAACAAAUCCAUCUAGUGUACAAAAUUCAUCAACAAUAAAUAAUAAUCUUUCUAAAACAACAAUUACAACAAAUAAACUUUCAAAUAAUACAAAUGAUGAUUGUCUAUAUCUUCGUUAUGAACGUGAAUUACCUUCAACACAAAAUUCAUAUAAUUUUUCUUAUAUUAUUGAUGAAUAUUCAUCAUCAACACAUAAACGUGCACGAUAUGUUUCAAUAAAUGAUUUAUAA